AUGUCCAAAGGGCUCGAUAGAGUCUCAGCGAAAGAGGCCAUCGAUAGCUGGAUAGACCGGUACACGGAGUUUGAGAAGGACAGUAUGGCACAGGAGAGUUACAGAGACGGGCAACAGCAGCGAGGGCAGCGGGGUGCUGCAGAAGGGAGGGGCGAAGUGCAAGGGCAGUGGGAGAGUGCUCUGUUCGGUACGAUGGAGGACAAUUCUCCCCUGGAACAGUAUUUGAACUAUAACCAACAGCAGCAGUCUGAAGUAGACACGCUUAAUUUUCUGGGGAAUAAAAAUGAGGGGACUGGGAUGGCCUCGGAUAGUAAUAAUAACAACAACAACCUGAUGCAUGACCUGCCGUUGUUUUCCCCACAGAGUGCAGGUGCUGGUCGUAACUUCUCCGAUACACACAAGUCCAGCAACUCGCCGCCCGUGCUGACACCGACUUUGAAAGUGGAGAUGUCAGAUGCGUUUCUGGACUCUAUUGUCCCGGGGAGUGCGGGCAACGAAGUUUACACAAGGCAGCCUGUGCAUCAGAACAGUGCACAGUUUCUAUCGCCGCGAACGGACUUCAAAUCAAGAAGCGGGUCCUUCAACGGCGAGUACGCAAGCGAUUUCGAAAACGAUAUAGUGUCAGGGCAGACCACGCCGUACCUGUCGCCGCGAGACGCAUCCACCAACAGCAUCAACAACUUGGCAGUGUCGCCCUCUGCGUCGAUAUCGUCCUUCCAGGAUGAAUUCGAUGACGACCUGUUGAGUGUGUACUCCAACAGUUCCAACAUCUUACUACCCGUGAACUCGAGAGGGUUGAAACACGUUAACGAUUUGGACGACUUAGAUAUACUGAUGAACGAUAUAAUUGAUGAGAAGUUUUUGCACACCUAUAAACAAACUGGGGGCACGACGACGGGGACUGCAGACACAUCGUAUUUGAAACAGUUUGCCAAACAAUCACCGCCCACAAUCUCCGUGCAAGAAUGCUACGCAAACGAGGCAACGCAUAAUCCAAGGGACAGAGGGGCUUUGGGGGACCAAUCACCGGAUACCCCUGAUGGCAACUUCAACGUGUUCGAGGGGAACGCUUUGUUCCAGCAGCAGGGUUCCUUCACGUCCACAGUGUCCCCGCAGAAACAACUGUACCCGCCAAUAAUCACUACAACAACGCUGCAGGAUGACGAUAAUGAUAACGGCGACGACGAUGACGACAACGCUGCCGCUAGCAAAGAUCUCAUUAACGGGAGGAAACUAAGACGCAAAAAUAUGACAAGGGCAAAAAGUAUAUCGCGGAGUAGAAACCGUGGGAGACAGUCGUCUGAUGUGGGUCUCAAUGAGAGGGUGCGCUCCGUGAGCGAGAACAGAGACCUGCUUGUGGAACUGGCAGAUCCAAAGUUGGACCCAGAGAGCAAUCCGCAUUUCCUUGACAGUUUGGGGCCAACGGACUUGCUGCUUCGUGGACAGACCGUCAGUGGCGGGAGUGUCUCCAACGUGAGGAAGAACCCUGCAAUAUACGCGUGUGAUAUGUGCGACAAGAAGUUCACAAGACCUUACAAUUUGAAGUCUCAUUUGAGGACGCACACGAACGAGAGGCCGUUUGUCUGCAGCAUCUGUGGGAAAGCAUUCGCCCGACAGCAUGAUCGGAAGAGACACGAGGACCUCCACUCGGGCAAGAAACGGUACAUCUGCGGAGGCACCUUGAAGGACGGCACCAAAUGGGGGUGUGGUAAGAAGUUUGCCAGAAGCGACGCUCUGGGGAGACAUUUCAAAACGGAAGCCGGGAAGAGGUGUAUCUCACUUCUGUACGAAGAGGCAGGACCGGGAAAUUUUGACGAUAAUGCAAGUAGUAACAAUGAAAAUAACGACAAUUUCUAG